UAUAGUGCCUGACUAGUGGAAACGCGCAUGCGCAGUUACAAUAUCCGGUCCACUGAUAACGAUGAAUAAUAUUUAUUUACUUUUUUCCCCUUUUUAAUCAUCUUCGCCAUAAAUUUCGCUAAUUAAUAAAUUUGUACACGUUCUCUAGGGUUUUCCGUCGGGUUUCCCAAUCUCUUCCAGUUCAUCUCCUAUCACCACAGUGUAAGUAGGAUGAUUCAUUCGCAUUGAACGAGUUCAUGGUGUACUUUUGACUUUACAUAGUCUUAGAUUCAAAAUGAAAAUGACCCAUAAAAACGUAGAAAUAAGACAAUUAAUACCAGGUCAAGUUGAAGAACUGGCUCGAAUCUUAGACCCUCAUCAUGGCUGGAAAAAACUCAUGUCCUGUAUUACGAACGACUACUCUUCAGAAAACGACAGCAAAGAUUAUAAAUACACGACAGAAGAUAUCAGAUUAAUCGAAGAAGCUGGACAAGAUAUUCAACAGCGUUCUUUCACUGAAAUUCUACUCUCAGAAUGGGGUACCAGUGGCCGAGAAAGGCCUACUAUUCGUACUUUGCAUAAAUUCUUGAUGAAAGCUCAACUUAUUCGAGCCGCUGAUUAUGUUUCGGAAAAGAUAUUAGAAGAGCCACCGUCGAAGAAACCCGAAGAUACUACGAUGAGCGAAGUAUUAAAUCCUGAAACGAUUUCUCGUCCUAAAUCAUUCGGCGAAUUACCCACCGUUGAAUGCGACAAUGGUGGACAAUCUGGAGAUAUUUCUGAUUCGAUGCAGUUUACUGUCAGAGAAAACCACUCCGUCGAAGAACAAUUCACUCGAGAAGAAAUUGAGAAUCUAAACUUGGUUAAUUUCGAUAUCAUGAAGUCUUGUACGAAUAAUUUCGACUCGAGUACCAUUUUGGGAAGCGGAGGUUUCGGAACUGUUUAUUUCGGUCAACUCGGUGAUAAAAAAGUCGCCAUCAAGAAACUAAAUAUUGUCGAAAGAGAUACUCAUCUAGUUAAACAGUUUAAAAACGAGCUGAUGAUGUUGAGUCAAUGCUCACAUCCGAAUAUUUUACCAUUAGUGGCUGUAUCGCUGAAUGAAAUACCUUGCUUAAUAUACGAGUUUAUGCCGAAUGGAUCUCUAGAUAAACGAUUAGCUUGUAAGUUGAAAGAAUUCCCAGCGAUGAGUUGGCAGAAAAGAGUGUUCGUCGCUAGCGAUAUCAGUAACGGAUUGAAGUAUUUACAUACAGCUUUCGAAGUUCCAUUUAUUCAUCGUGAUAUAAAAUCCGCCAAUAUACUUCUGGAUUCCGAAGACGUGGCCAAAAUCGGCGAUUUUGGUCUAGUACGAAAACACAACAGUAUGAAGACCUCAAACACCAUGGUGUUUCAAGGUACUCAAGCGUAUACCGCUCCUGAAGCUUUCCACGGUACGAUUUCGGUGAAAAUAGAUAUAUUUAGUUACGGCGUCGUACUGCUAGAAUUAUUGACUGGUUUACCAGCUUACGAUCCUGAACGCGAAGGAGGAGAGUCUUUGUUGGAUCACGUCGAAGAAGUAGCCGAUGAGCCUAAAGAUUUUACCGAAUUGCUCGAUAAACGAGCUGGUUCGUGGCAUGUCGAUAUUUGGACCGAUAUAUACAAUUUAUAUAAAAAAUGUAAAGCUUAUAAAAGGAACGAUAGGCCGGAUAUUCUCGAAGUAGAUUCCACGAUGAGUCGAUUAAAAGAGAAAGUAUCGGAAACUAUUGGUUAAGUUACCCAUAAUUGUUUAAUUUUAUGUGAUUAUUUCUUCACCCGAACCGAUUAUACAUUUUUGUUAUAAUUGUAUAUUUUUUAAUAAUUCUGUCCAGAUGUUCAAAAAUCGUGAAAAUUAAUUCUUUCGGUAUAAUUAUAGCUUUUAAUCUAG